UGCUGGUUCUUGUUGUGAUAUCUCUGUGUUCCCGUAGCUCUCUUAGGCUGUUUGACAGAAGGGACUGAAUUGUCCAGCCUCUCCCUCUUAUUGCUUCCGUAUUUCCCUUUUCCCUCUUUCCCCUACAAUUUUCCUGAGGGAAAUAACUGGUUGCUUCUUUGCACUCUUGAAAGCUGGUCUUGGUUUCUUCUCUGAUGUUGUCCUAGAAAGAGAUGAUACCUUGAAUGCCAAACACUAAUAGAACAUGAUAUUCAGUACAUGCUAGCACUUCUCUAGUGAGCAAAACUUUAAAAUUGCAAAGUAUGGAGGAAUUUGAGUAGAGAUGUGAUUUCUUAAUGUUGGUUGGAGGGAAUAUAAAGCUGAUGGACAGUAUGCAUAGGUCUAAUAACUGUUCAGCUUUUGUGCUGUCAGUGGUUCCAUGCUGACAUAGAAGGAAAACCAUCAGGCAACCAACAGCAAACACUUAUGAAAAAGUCCUUUUGAGAUUUACUUAGCAUUUGGAUCAUGGGCAAAGUUGAUUAAGUGUUGAGAUCACAGCAUGUCCAUACAUUUCCUGUGUUGACACCCUCCCCUUUCAACAACACCUUUGAGACUACUAGUGAUUUCUGAUAUGAAGAUUCAAUAACAUGAAAAUAAAGGCUAUUUAAAUACCUUCUCUGUGCUGGUAAUGGACUUGCACUUUGGAUUGUUUAUAAUCAGGGAUCUGCUUGCACCCAUGGAAUCAUUCAGGCAUGAAUACUAACUUUUGUACAUGGAGGUGCGUGGUCCUUCUGGUUCUGUGUCAUCAUUUCAGUCUUCUUCCUCAGCUGAUGUAUGCCAAAAAUUGUGGGUUAAAUGUGGGACAAGUAGGCAAAUGAGAAGAAACAAGCGCUUUUUUUUCCUGCUCUGUGCCAAGCAGGGAUGAGAAUGACCUCCUGGAUCUGGCUGGUGAAGAGAAAUAGAAAUAAGAAAUGGCAUUUUUUUUGCAUAUUUGAGAAAUCCAUAAAAAUAAGGGUUUUGGAUUUUUUUUUUGUUUGUUUGUUGUUUUUUUUUUUCAUUAUUCUGCAUCAACUUCAGAUGCCAAGUAGAUAUUUUCCACAAGUUCAUAGUAGUACUUGGCCUGGAAGCACAGAAUGAUCUUCUAAUUCAUUGCGUAUCUGCAAGGACUGAAAGUUCUUGCCUGAAAAAAAAAUCAACUGGCUUUUAAAGCAGCACUAUUCUGUAGGUUGUGCUGAUUAUUGCUUUGUGCUGCAUGACUGUGAUUUUUGGCACACAGUAUCACAUACCAAAUUCCCAAAAUAAAAUGCUACAUGAUAUUCUAAGAGCUCUUAGGAAGCUUUAAAAACAGAUUUGUCCGCUGAGUGGGUAUCCCUUCUGGUGAAGCCAAUUGAUGCAGCAGGAAUAGUCUAAAAGGAGGAGACGUUAGUCAGCAGAUAAUUAAUCCUUUUAGAUGCGCACAAGGGGGAAAAAAGAAAACCUUCCAUCAGUCUUCCAUUUGUAAAAGUUUUCAGAAAGCCUGCUUUGUUCGUAAAGGGUUUACAGCUAUAUGUUUAAAUAGCUAAAACAUCUGUUUAGCAACAUUGUGAAAUCCUGAUGUUUGGAACCCUUGAUAAGGGGGACUGCUGAACGAUUGGCUCCUAGAGCCUCUAGAGGCAGCAAGGGCUGUACAUACAGUGGCUGCCGCUUGCCUUUCCUCCUCCUGGUCAGAGGAAAACGUAGGAGAGAGCUACUAUAUUACACAUGAUUUUCCUUUGAGAGAGAGAGAGAGAGAGCAGGAAGUGCCGAGGAAAUGGUUCACUGCAGAAACCUGGAGUUGUAAAUAGCAGAGAGGAGGAGGAGAGCUCAUGGCUGCAGUUUGUGAACAGUUGAAAUACUGAUACCACAACAGCAGAGGAAAACCAGACUCCUGCAAGAGUGAGCCCAACGCAAGCCAUCACAAUGGAAGGAGAGGUGGUACCUGAGGCCAGGAGAGCAGCCAGCAAAGCCACACGGAUCGCCCUUGGCAUCUUUGUAAGUGGCACCGUUGUGCUUGGCACCAUGCUUUUCUUGGUUAGCCAAGGUCUUAUAAAGUUUCGUCCGAAGCAACAGUACUGUUUGACCUCAGAAUGCAUUGAAGCUGCUGCUGCCAUCUUAAGCAAGAUAAAUCAAUCUGUAGAUCCAUGUGAGAACUUUUAUCGAUUUGCAUGUGAUGGCUGGAUAUAUAAUCACCCUAUUCCUGAAGACAUGUCAAACUAUGGUGUUUACCCUUGGCUGAGACACAAUGUAGACCUCAAGCUAAAGGCACUACUUGAGAAACCCAUCAGCAAAAGACGAGACAGUGAAGCUGUACAGAAGGCCAAGAUCCUUUACGCAUCCUGCAUGAAUGAGAAUAAAAUUGAAAAAGCUGAUGUGAAACCCUUGUUAAGUAUACUGAGGCAUUCACCUUUCCGCUGGCCUGUGCUUGAAUCAAACAUUGGACCUGAAGGGCUGUGGUCAGAAAGGAGGUUUAGCUUAGUCCAAGCCUUGGCAACUCUUCGUGGUCAAUAUAGUAACUCUGUCUUCAUCCGUUUAUAUGUGGCUGCCGAUGACAAAAUCUCCAAUCAGUAUAUCCUGAAGCUCGAUCAAGCAGGUCUCUCUCUUGCAUCUCGAGAGGAUUACCUAGAAAACACCACAGAAGCUAAAUCUUACCGAGAUGCCUUUUUGCAGUUCAUGGUUGAUACAGCAGUGCUUCUGGGAGCAAAUGCUUCACGAGCUGAAUCAGAUAUGAAGUCAGUUCUAAGACUGGAAAUUAAAAUAGCUGAGAUCAUGAUUCCAUAUGAAAAUCGAACAAGUGAGGUGAUGUACAAUAAAAUGAACAUAUCGGAGCUUAGUGCCAUGAUUCCACAGUUUGACUGGCUGGGAUACAUCAAGAAGGUGAUUGACACCAGAGUCUAUCCUGAGCUCAAAGAUAUAGGUCCUUCAGAAAAUGUAAUUGUCCGUGUUCCCCAGUACUUCAAAGAUUUAUUCAGGAUACUAGAAAAUGAAAGGAAAAAGACUCUUGCCAACUAUGUGGUGUGGAGGAUGGUUUAUUCAAGGAUAUUUAACCUCAGUAGGCGUUUUCAGUAUCGGUGGCUGGAAUUCUCUCGGGUAAUCCAUGGAACUACAACUUUGCUGCCUCAAUGGGAUAAAUGUGUGGACCUUGUUGAAAGUGCGCUCCCUUAUGUUGUGGGUAAGAUGUUUGUGAAAGCCCAUUUUCAAGAAGACAAGAAAGAGAUGAUGGAAGAGCUGACUGAAGGAAUUCGCUGGGCUUUUAUUGACAUGUUGGAAAAGGAAAAUGACUGGAUGGACUCUGAAACAAAAAGAAAAGCUUAUGACAAGGCAAAAGCAGUUAUGGCAAAAGUAGGUUACCCUCAGUUUAUAAUGAAUGACACAUAUAUUAAUGAAGACAUCAAAACACUGAAGUUCACAGAAAAUGACUAUUUUGGCAAUGUGUUGCAAACUCGCAAAUAUGCAGCCCAAUCUGAUUUCUACUGGCUUAGAAAAGAAGUUCCAAAAACAGAGUGGUUUACAAGCCCUACUACUGUAAAUGCUUUUUAUAGUGCAUCUACCAACCAGAUCAGAUUCCCAGCAGGAGAAUUGCAAAAGCCUUUCUUUUGGGGAACAGAAUAUCCUAGGUCACUAAGCUACGGUGCUAUAGGAGUAAUUGUUGGCCAUGAGUUUACUCAUGGAUUUGAUAGCAAUGGUCGGAAGUAUGACAAAAAUGGAAAUUUAGACCCUUGGUGGACAAAUGACUCCGAAGAAAAAUUUAAAGAGAAGACAAAAUGCAUGAUUAAUCAAUACAACAAUUACUACUGGAAGAGAGCUGGCUUACACGUGAAAGGCAAGAGGACUUUGGCAGAAAACAUUGCAGAUAAUGGAGGUUUGCGAGAGGCUUUCAGGGCAUACAGGAGAUGGAUUACAGAAAAGAGGGGAGGAGAGGAGGAGCCUUUACUGCCAGGCCUUGAGUUCACACACAACCAGCUUUUCUUUCUGAGUUAUGCUCAUGUAAGAUGCAAUUCCUUUAGACCAGAAUCUGCAAGAGAACAAAUAUAUGUUGGAGCUCACAGCCCUCCUCAGUUCAGAGUCAUUGGCGCCAUGAGCAACUUUGAAGAGUUCCGUAAAGCUUUCAAUUGCCCAACAAAUACGACGAUGAACCGAGGGUCAGAAUCCUGCCGGCUGUGGUAGACAUCCCUUCCAGUCUUCUGUCAACGGGGUCUUCAAUGUAAACUGCUGCACCAGAGCUCAAGCCCACUGUUAGAGUUUCAGAAUAAUGUUCCACAGUCUGGAGACAUUACUUCAAACGCAUCUUCCUUAUCCAUGUUAAUGACCUACAUGGAUCUAAUCACUCUCUAUCCAGAGCCCAGAAACUUUUGAAAUAGGAGCAGAAGACAGAUUUUCUUUAAUAAUUACAAAAAAGUGACUCCUUUUAUCCAUAAAACUACUUCUAUUCCUCUGCAGUUGCAUUGCUGUUGAUAGACAGCUGCCAUUAUCUAUUCUAGUUCCUGAUUUAUAGUUGAGGAAGAGGUAAAUGCUAUAACCCAUUUUUAAUCUCUUGCUCUGUGGGGGUUCUCUGCAGAAUGCUCCCCCACAAAAUUUAUUCUUUCUGGAUGAAGAAAUUCAUGAGACUUGCUAUAAAGCCAGCUCUGAUUUGCUGUGUGAUACAGCAUUUUCAUAACUUAAACUGUCACUGCCCAGCAUGACAUAAAUGAUGUUGCAUGAUAUAAAGAAAUAGACUUUAUAUAAAUUUGGUUUAAUAUGUCAGAUUAGUGCCUCAGGUUUUGGAACAGUUUCAAGCCGAGAAAGCACCUCAUGGUUUCCAUCUGCUAGGACUAAACAGAAAGGAUACUUGUCAGAUUCUGACCUUUUCUAAUUUUAGAACAGGUUACGAUAAAAAUCAAUGUGUGGUGAAAACUGGAGGCUUGCAGAAGGAAUUCCCUGCACUGUGAUACUUAGAAAUAUUAUAGCAUUUAUUACUGUGUACAGUUUGGGCAGUUUUUUUCCCCCACAGGGUGAUUUUUUUACCUUGUACUGAAGGUAUCUUCAACUACAUUUAUGCUACAUCAUUUUUAAUUGAGGGAUGUCUCAGUCUUACAGAGGAAUAUGUAUAGUGUGCAUGCUUGUUCUCAUGUUCAGAACAGGGCAAGGUAACUUGUGAUUUCAAGAAAAGAAUACCUUACUGAAAAACAGAGUACUAGCACCAUUUGCCUUGUCUGGAUAAAAAGAGCAAUUCAGGAGCAGAGGACUUUUAAAUACAGUAUACACAAAAGCCAGUUACUUUUUUAAUUUGAUUUCUAAGAAUAUUCAUUAAAAAAUAUUUUAUUGCAGCAGAAAAAUCUUUAACAUAUAACUAUUACUUAAGGGGGGAAAAUUAAAACAAGCUUUUCUUCAUCAACAGAUAGAUACAUUUAACUGGUAUUUAUUUAUACCUUAUGCAUAAAUUCAUCUUUACAAGGUGGAAUUGUUUUAAAUGGAGGGUUUUUUUAGACUGACUUAAUCAUUGCAAAUCUAUAUGCUUCUAUGUGUAUAUAUCUAUAUAUAGAUUCAAAAAUACAUAAAUUCUUCUAUUUGCUUAAAUGUUAUUUUAUCAGUAUAGAAAUUUUAGUAAGAAAAACUUUUUUUGCAAGGAUUGGUCAAAUGUUUUCCACUAGUCAAGGCAGAAGAAGGUUCAGCUGAAGCUAAGGUUUUGCAGUUAGGCCAGUUUCCUCUGUUUCUUUAUAAAGAAGGGAGACAUCAUGGAAACACAAUUUAUGGAGCAAGACAGGACCUCAAACUUCCUUCCAGAGACCAGGAACCUGUGACUUCUGAACUCAAGAUACUGUUGACACUUCCUAGAAACAAAAGACAAUAUUUUGGGACCAAGUCUUUCUUUUUUUAAGUUUUCCCUGAAAAAGUCAAAGUUUUCUUAAGAGGAAGAACAUGUUUGCUUUUCACAAAGCGCUCUGUUCAUGAGUUCCAUAAAUUACAGCUUGUCAUUUUAAUUGCUGCUACUAAAUUUUUUUUCCUGGAGAUAUUUUUCACAUAAAUUGUGUAGAUUGCUGAGUUUUCAUAAAGGAUUCCCUCAAACAAACAUGGAUCUUGAGCAAAGUGAUACUGUUUGCCUACUAAUGGGAAAGUACCUUACAAAAUUGUGUAUUCUACUGAAUUCAUUCCUGUGCUCACAUGAAUACUGACACGAUUUGAUGUCGGCUGCUUUGGAUCAACAGCACAAAGUUCAGGGGUGACUCCGUGGCCUCAUUAAAAGUAGUACCAAUACGGUCAUUGUCCUAUGAAAACUCAGGACAACAACCCAAACACUUAUCUCAGCUUUCUGAAUUACUGGACGAGACAAAGCUGGUUUCACAAUAGUCUGCUCUGAAUUUUCUAAUUUUAUCUCUCAGGCCAUACAUGUAUUUGCAAGAGCUCAUCUCUCAUUGCUAUUUUCCAGUGGGACAGAUUCUGUCAUUUUGUGGUUCAUGGGAUUGUUUCUCUGUACUGGAUAGUGUUCCUUCUGAAAUGUCUUAUAUUCACUGCCCUAAAUGUCACUCUUACUGCUCCUUGCUAGGCUCAGGUCUUUCAUGAUUAAUACCAGGGAUUUUUGAAUUGUGGUAUGCUUAUUCCCAGCGGCACAGGAACCACUGCAAAACUGUCUCAUUCCUGCUAGGGCAAGCACCCAUCUCCUAUAGGAGGUAGAGGGCUGAGUCCUGGACUGGGGAUACAGUGGUGAGCUGAAAGGUUUGGAGGCAAAACUCUAGGAGGGAGGAAGGUGCUUGCUGAGUGGCACAUUCAAUGAUGGUGUUCAAGUUUGGGAAAUCCUUAGUGUUGAUGCAGGUUUUCAGUGCCUUGAGCUUAGGUCUUACAUGACCAAAUUUUGGACUCCAAUUUUAGCAAUUGAGAGGGGGCAUACAUGCUGCCAGGAAGGAUGGAAGUCCUUGCUGCUGACCAGCACGUUCAUUGGUAGUAUCCAAGUUCGGAGAAUCCUUGGUGUCGAUGCAGGUUUUCAGUGCCUUAGGCUUAGGUUUUACAUAUGCCCACACAAAGAUCCCAGUCUGCCUUACCAACUCAAAUCAAACAGCUGAUGAUGCAAUUUACAGUUCACUUUGGAUUCAGCUAUUUAGCUAUCAGUUGGAAAGCAAAGCCAAAGGUAAUUAAAUGCAUUCUUAAAACUUAGUCACCAAAGAUGAUAGUUUGUGAGGGCUCUUCCCAAUGCUUUAGUUUUACCAGACUCCCUGGCCCUGUUUAUUUUCACAUUGUGCCUCCCGUGUCUACGCCAGCAAUACCUUCCUGUGUUGAUAGCAGGUUCACUAAUCGUAUCUAUGCAAACAGGUCUUUCAUCAUGUAUAGUCUUCUCCUAGAGCUUUUAAAUUGGUAUUUCUUUAAUUGCCAGUAAUUAUGUCAAUAUUCUUCUUCAUUUAAGUGUAUUGUGAAAUGUUUCUUCCUGUUGGUUCAGUAAUCUUCUCUUCCAGCAAUCAAGAGGGGAAGGAUGACAUGUGAAAAAACCCCCAUUUUUUACCUGUGUAAAUUUGAAGAGCUAUUUUUCUACUGUGUAGACAUAAUGAAAAAACUUCUACUUCUGUCUUGCAACCCCUUCUUUUGGUCCUGAAAAUUUGUAAACUUUUUUGUCUUCUCUUUUGUUUUCUGUUCCGUUUUGUUCUGUUGUAAACCUUCUUUUUUUCUGGCCUGUCUUUGAAAAUGCUAAACCACCUUAUACACUGUGAGUAUUUCUGCUGAUCAUAAGCUGAAAGUGUUAGCUUUACACAUGAGUAGUUGUCUGAAAAGGCAGCUGUGCUAUUCAUCUGUGUAAACUGCUUACGUAUAUAAAUGAUGUCCAAAAAACCAGUUGCGUUAUAAAGCUCAGCCUUAUGCCCUGUACAGAGUGAUUUCAGCAUUCUUUAGGUAGGAAGCCUAUCACGACACUAAAUGUUUCAAUUAUUUAUAAGAUAAUCAAGUGGUUGUAUGUAUCACUUUCAUUUAGUACUAUUCAACAAAUUACAUGCUUAGAAUUGUACCUCACAGCAGUCUUUUAUAUACAUAUAUAUAUGUCUCCAAAGAAAUAUUAAAAGUCUGACAACUCAAGAGGCAAAACUACUAUGAGUUAAAAGGUAUUUUGUGUUCAUAUCUUUUUAAUCUGGAUUUUUAUUUUGCUAGUCGGUCUAUUGCACAUUUUAAUUUUUCUCCUUGCAUAAUACGCUGAUUGACUGUUUGGAAGACAAUUGUGUUAGCCAGUAAAAGCCAAAGUAAUGAAGAAUUUUCCUGUGUUGCAGUAUGGCAAAAAUUGCUUGGCCUGUCACUGUCAAA